AUGUCUUUUACUUAUUAUAAACCAUGGACUUCUUGGUUUGGUAUCCAUUCAAAUGGAAAAAGAAAGAAAAGAUCAGCCGGGCGUGACAUUGACGAUUUAACAGAAACUUCCACAAUGGACUUCACAGGAAGUUCGGAAGGAAGUUCCAUACUUGAUUCCCCCACAGUAAGUUCUAGUGCAUAUACAACACAACCCGGGGGAAAAACAAAUAAUAGUACACGGGAUCGCGGGAUGGUAGGUUAUCAAAACAUGCGAUGUAACACAUAUUUGGAGUGUAACCCAUUCAAUAUACAUUGUUCCUCCUUUCCCCUAUUAGAGGACAUAAAUGACUAUGUAGUUCAUACAAUGUGUAAUGAAUAG